AUGGACAGGGAUUCACUUGACUCACGUAGAUCGUCAGACUUCUAUAUUCCUCCAAUCAAAACCCACUUCCCACUAACAUUAUCUCCAAUUCAACAAGCAAGAUCAGUCUCCCAGCAACUCUCACCAGCACCCAACCGAGGAUCAAUUCCUUCAGGAGAGAAUGAAAGACGUUCUUUUCAGCAACGCCCAUCGACUCCCGGACCCCUUCCACCAGUCGAGCUUUCAAGACAAAACGCUGCGCGUCGUCCCCAGAGACCCCGAGGAACACUUCCCAGCAACCCCCACCAACGCCGAGAACACCCCAAGGGCCCUUCCCCCAAGGACAGCCCGCAAAUCUUUCGUAUGAAGAACUCCCACGACCGGCUAGCGACACUGGAGGAUCAUUAUCCACAGGACGGAUGGUAUUGCCUUUCUCUGGACAAUCACCAUCAACACCCGGAAGCUCUCGAGAGCCAUUGUGUUCAGGUCAGUAAGCAGAGCCCUCCUCCACUAGAUGCAAAUGUACUCUCCGAACAACUCGAAAGAAGAACUGUCCCGCGCACUCAACCCCAUAUCACUCCACAAAGCUCUAGCUUUCCAAGGCUUGCACCCCAAUCUGCAGAGAUCUUCUCUGUCUCUGAUGAAGACCAAGGACAGAACUCAUCAUUCCAAGGAAAUAGCGAGCAAGAUAGUCACCUUCGUCGAAACUAUUUCUCGGAUGGCCAGCGGGGAAUCAGCCGGCCGGAAAGUGAUCAACAGAGACACAGUCAGUAUAGAAACAGCCAGCAAGGAAAUUCGGGAGGAAGCAACUCGCGGGGAAACUAUGUGACCGAGAGUGAGGGAGGAACUCAUCCGCAGAGAAACUCUACGAAGCAGGCCCAGCGAAGAAGCAGCCACCAGUGGAGCAGUCAGCCCGAAGGUCAAUUGCGGACAGGUAACCCGGGGGGAAAUAACCAGCAAAACCGCGGCACUAACCAGCCUUAUGUCAAUGUGCACAGAAACAACCAACUUGGAACUGUCCAGCAUGGAAUUAAUUCGUGGGGAAGUGACCAGCAGAGAAACAAUCCGCGGGGAAGUGAUCAGGAUCCAGAGAGCACUGACCAGAUGUCUUUCAGACAGCAGAGAGACAGUCAGCAGGGAAGAUGUCAACAAGGAAGUGAUAAUCUAGGAAGUAAACGGUGGAGUAAUCCGUUUGGCAGAAAGUGA